CUCUUUACACGUGCAAUGGUUAAUCUUACAUAUCAGCAAACAUCAACUAGUUAACCUGUAUCUUCGAAUGACCAACUUCAUCAUAUUUCAUCAUUCCAAUUACCAGCUUCUGCUGCAGUUACCUCAAUCUCAUUCUAGCCAUGUCAGGAGCCUUGGAAAUAGCAGCAGGCGCUUUCGCAGUUGUGGGAGCGGCGGAUGUUGCUGUACGAACAGGCCGCGAGGUUUACGGAUUCCUACGCAACCUAGUUGACGCACCAGAUGAUAUCAACAGAUUAUGUGAUUUGAUCAGAGACACCACAAUGCUAGCUGAAACGUCGAAGCAGUGUCUGGAAAGACUCAGCAAGCCUAAAUCACUAGCAAACACCUAUGGAGCAAUUUCUUCGCUUGACGUUUCUCUCAGAGGCAUCAACCGAGAACUGCAGAGCCUCAGACUGUUAAGUUCGAGAUUCAAAGGCACGACGAAGACUUGGGGCAGAGUCAGAUAUGUUCUGGAUGAGCGCAAGACGGGCAAAGCUUUGGAAAAUCUAGAGCGCUCGAAGGUUCUUCUCGGAAAUGCGCUGAUUCUGGCUUGCAGAGAGCUGUCCGCAAUCGACCUUCUACACACUGAAAGCCUCAUACGCCAUUGCUACGAAGAACAUGGCCUGCAAAUUCACACCCUGGCCGAAGCUUUAUCAACGCAACUGGAUGAUCACCGGCAUGAACUCGAUUUUACGCUCAAGGAACAACAUCAACAAACCCUACAGAAGCAUAAAACUCAUUCAAAAGCGUUUUCCUCUGUUCAUCGGAGUCACGCUAAGAUUCUCUCCCGUCAAGCCUGUUUAGUUCGUUCCUCAACGCACAUACACAAGCAGACUGCCAAUAUCUCAAGGAAUCUUACUGAAACGCAGCGGAUAGUCACCAAGGAGCAUCAGAAGACGAGAGAGAUCCUUUCCGCGGAUUUCGAGAAUAUCAUUUCUAAUAAGAUCGAAGCAUUGAGCAAACCAUCCGCGAAGCGCUACAAGACAGCUUUCUCUCCAAAUCGAGACAUUCACUUCUUUGGCGAAAGGCGUGACAUGAUCAUGGCUUAUCUGCUUCUUGUCAAAUCCCAUAUAGAAGCCAUCAUACAACAUAUAAUGGCACACGCGGGUGGAGAGCUCUCACUACAGGACAUUGCCCGGCUGCAAUACGAAUUCGAACACCUCAUUGCUUCGGCUGCGCAAGAAGAGGCGGCAAGUCAUUUUGCGUCCACGUCCACUUCCUUAGAUCAGUGGUUUUACUCUGAGGAUAUCGCCCGAUCUUCAGACAGGGCAAGGAAACGAACAUCAAAGAGCCCAAAUGAUGGAACAAAUGCAGCGAGUGUCAAAGAGGAGGCGUACACUUACCUACAUGCGCACAGGCGUCUAGAAAGUACACAGCAGUCCUUCUCUCACGACACACCUUUUGGAAAUCUACGAAUUCAUGUCCCCCGGCAAGCGGGUACACCAAAGGUUAGGCAGGUCAGCGAUGAAGUCGGAUUCUCAUUUACAUGUGGAAUCGGCCAGUCGAUUCAUGCCAUAAGCGCCCGUUUCCUGCGCGAUCUAUCCAAUGGCCGAAGCCCGAAACUGUAUACUCAGUUGAAUGUGUUCACGGUAUCGGAAUCUGAUGAACGAUACAAUGACCUGUUCGCCACGGGCACUAUUGAAGAGAUCGAUGCUGCACUACGACAAGGUGUCAUAUCCCCUUAUCACAUCAAUCGAGAAGGAAGGAACAUGUGUCUUUAUUUCGCCGCAGAAAACGCCCGGACAGACUUGUUCGAUUAUCUCGAAAGCCAAGGAAUUGGAGUGUCGGCUCUCAAUCACGAUUUCAGCGUUGUCGCAGGCCUUUUUAAGCGCUCAAUGUCGAACGACGGCAGACUCAAGCUGGAAGCAUCGGUCGACCACGUCCUUGAAAAGGUCUAUGACUCGUCAUCCUUCCUCUUCGAAACAGCGAUGAACAUGCUACUUUGGGAUUACUACAAAGGCCGGCCUCGGUCCCUGUUGAAAGAGCACUUGCAUAGGCUGGAGAAGGAGAACCUCAUACCAAAUCCGACUUCCAGUACCAUUGAUGAUUCACCGUGGGACUGGGAGUCUGUAUCUCGCACCAUCCGCCCGCUAAUGGGAAGCGGUGCAUACGUGGAUUCAACGGGCAGUCUUGGACGCAAUAGAAUCCAGCGUUGUUUCAGUGUACUCGCGUUAGACGAUAGUCCCGGCGAUCCGAAGGCAGUCGAGGAGAUUGCGAAUGCAUUGAUCGGAGCGGGAGUUGACAUACACCAUCGCGAUAACGAUGGCCUGACGCCAUCCAUGUAUGCGAGAAAACACGGUCGCUGGAGCGAAUGGCUGAUAGCGCUGGAACGCAACGGAAAGUUUAUUGAAGAUGUGGUACGGGAAGAGAAGUCGGAAUGGCUACUGGAGGAGAAUUGGCAGGAAACAUGGAAGCAGAAGUACGCUCGAUCAUAGGUUACUUGGAGGUGAAUUUGGUCAAUGCUAGAUGCUGAAGCUAAAACACCUUCGACAUGUUUUCGCUUCGUGCACAAAGAAAUAAGUGAGUAAGGCAUCCUUGAUACCCGUAUAUAACACUCUUUAGCUACCAUAUAUGACAUCCGUGUUCUAAAGGUCAACUCCUUUUGUCGAAUUCGAUGACUUACUUUAGUUUCUGACUCCUCAUCUCUUACCUUCACCUUUUUCCCUGCC